AUGGUGGCGACGCCUGAAUCCGUAGGCCUAUCCUCAGAGGAGGAUCCACUGGAUUCCCCAGACGCCAUCCCCGAAGCAGAUGACCCAUUCUCGACCAUACAAGUAGGUGACCUCGGGGCCCCUGCAACUAAAGGAGACAUCCUGGGCCUCCUGAAACACCUGCAUACCUGGUUCCGCACAGAUAUAGCGCUGCUUCGCGAGGAGGUCAAGGCCGUAACAAACAGAGUGAAGGCCACAGAAGAGGAUAUUUCCUCCAUAGCACAACAACAAACGGGGGCAACGGAACAAAUACGACAACUCCAAGGCUCACACCAGGCCUUGCAGGCCAGAGUGGAUGCAAUGGACGACACUAGGAGACGUACCAACAUCAAGUCAGAGGCAUUACAGAAACCGUUAAUGACGGGGAGCUACCCCACUUUGUCCAGCGCCUUGUAUCGGAGAUUCUGUGUCCCAAGCAGGCAAAGAUCCUACAAGUGGACAGAAUACACAGACUCCCCAAGUCUCCCAGGGCACCGGCGGACGCACCCCGCGAUGUCCUCCUCCGAUUCCAGUCCCUCCAAGAUAAACAGUCUGUAA